AUGAAUGGUCCCCGUCCAUCUCCAUUGAAGAUCAACAACGAAUCCCAUCUCAUUCACAAAUCAUAUUCUUCUUCAUUUUCUUCGUCAAAUUCUUCAUCAUCAAUAUCUAUCAUAGCUCCUCCUGUUGUUGGAGUAAAACAGAAGCAGCAGCAGCAAAAGAACCAACCGGUUAUUAUCUAUACAAAUUCACCCAAGGUAAUCCAUACGCAAGCCAAGGAUUUUAUGGCCUUGGUGCAAAAACUCACGGGACUUUCGCGGUCUAAUAAUCAAGAAACGGCACCUCCUCUACAGGAAAGGAAAGAUCAUCAAGUUGUUGUUAGUAAGGGUUUAAAAUCGGCAAAAGUUAACAGUAAUGAAAGAAAGCAUGUUGGUAAUGAUGAUAAUGAGUCAUCUUCAGUUUCAACAGAGGAGAAUUGUCACGGGGAUGCUGCUGGUGGUGUUGAUACUGUUAUUUCACCCAUUCUUAAGCCACCAAAUGCUCCUUACUUUGCUGAUGUUCCUCUUUUUACCCCUUCUUCCGAUUUCUAUUGCGCACCUAGGCCUGUAUUUAGAUGUCCUGAUUCAGUUUUUGCAUCGCCAAGGAUGGGAAAUCCGAUAUCUCCAUCUCUGUUGGAAUUCAUGAAAGGGCUUCCUGAAUAUUGA